AUGGAAGAAGAGCCAUAUGAAAUUAAUGAAGAACUAGACAUCGCUGAACUUGCAGCACAAGAAAGCCUUGAAGCUCUUUAUGAAUGUGGAGCCCAAAUAUUAUACGAUCACUAUAUUCGUGAUAAAUCAGUCCCAUUUGCAGCUCAGCAAGCAGUUUCUAUCAUAGGAAGCACUGUUGAGCUUUAUUAUAUCCGCCAAGAUACAGGAGAGCCAGAAAUAUGAGAAGAAAUCCCUGAGCCUAGUCCUUGCGUAAUAGAUCCAUGGAUGAGAAGUGUCGUACCAGUUAAGAAAAAAUUCAAAGAGCCAGAGCCUGACGAGCCUUCAGGACAGUCUGUUAUUUCUGUCGAAAAAAGCAUGAGAAGUCAUAAAAGUUUCCGGUCAUCUCGUUCAAGUUUCAAAAAAAAGACAAGCCCAACUAAGUCAACCCGUGGAUUCCAAAACAAUUUAAUCACUGAAGAAAUCAAGCCAGUUCCUAUUCCUAACGUUGUCUCUGACAGCUUUUAACUUAUUUAAGUUAAGAGGUUAUAGGGAAAGUUGGCAAUAAGGGCCAUAAUCUCUGCUUCCAUCGCUUACUUGCCAGUCUGAGAAUGACCUUUCACUGCGCUGCUCCUUUUGGACGAAGGGUUGCAUUUGCUACCCAAGAGUAAGAGACGCUGGAUCACCGAGCCACAUGUCAAUGGGAUUUACCUUUCCAAAAAAUUGAAAGCGCAUUCUGGCUGAUAAACUUGUAGCCUAGGGUACAAAUUGGCAUGGCGCUGGGAAUGUAUCCAAUUGACCAAGUGACUGCAUCUUGCCUUACUGGACUAUCCCUUAUAAGUCCAAAAUUCCAUCUCAAACUAUAUGGAAGUUUAUCUUAGCAAGAGCUUAUUGUCAGUCAGCUCACCAAAGCAAUAAAACCAUCCGGAAACACUCAUCACACACUACUCUCCUUCUACAAGGUCUCCAGAAUUCCAUUUACCUACAGGUGUUAUAGAAAUUGCCCGAGGAUGGCGCUAUUUUGCGCCAUCCUCGGACAAUUUCUAUAGACGUCAAGCUGACUUUCAAUCCAUUUUUAUGUGUGCUCUGACAGUUCAGAAGAUGAAGCUGAAAACCAAAUGAGGGAAAUGAAAGAGAGACAAGUAAAACGGAAAAAAGAGGAAAAAGAACGGCUUAAGCAGAGAAAAGAAGAAGAAGCAGCAAAGGAAAGGGAAUAUCAAAGGGAAGCUGAAGAUUUGAAAAAUAAAAUGUUUACUUAUGAUUUUGGAGGAAAAAUUAUGAUUGUGAAUCCAAUUAACUUUGAAAAUGUUAAUGCAUAUAGCACUUCUACGAUGAAAUAUGCAGUUCCAGAACCGAUUGCAGAAGAGCUGACAAUGAAAGAUAAGAAAAAAAAGAAGGAUAGGACGGCAGUGUCAGAUUUUGGGAUAAUAAAACCAAAAAAAGUGCCUCCAGCAAAAGAGCAGGAGUGGGUAAGGAAUGCGACAUCACUUUCUGCAUCAAUUUUCGAUAUACUAUUUUGUGAUAAACCCAAUAGAAUGAGCUUAUAAACAAUAUAUAUUUGCUAAAGAUUUAUUAUAAUAAAAAUCAAUAUAAAUCACCUUAAUAUUAAUUUGAGCCUUGGAGUCACAAUUUUUGACGGAAAUCGCAGCAAACUUCCUCUAUCAAGUUCUCAGUCAAAGCUAAAAACUAUGAGCAGGAAAGAAUAUUUUGGGAUAACGGCUAGAGAGCAUGCAUUCAGAAGUACUGGAGAUCUACAAAUAGCGAAACAAGAAAGCUUGCACUCUUCAUCCGCUAGCAGACAAAAUACAAUAUAUAAGCUGCCAUCAAUAGCAUCUGCAAGAACUAACAAAGAUUUGCUUGAAAAUAUACCUGAUAAUGAGACUCAUGCUGAAGUUGAAGAAAAUCCUCAAAAUUCUCUUAAGCGGGCUCCAACUGAAGAUAUUCCUCAGAUUUCUGUCAAGGAGACUCCUCAAAUUAUUUUAGCUAAAUCCCCGCAGUUAGAAAAAAUAAGGAAAUAUGAAAAUGUUGAAAAUAUCAAAGAAAUGAGUCCAAUUGACAAGUUCAAUGUAUACAAAAUACCUUUAAAUUUAAUACCGUAUUUUAUUGCCAAUAUACCCUGCUUUAUACUUUAGCUUCUUUUUUGGUAUAAAAUUAAUCUAAUUUCGUAUAGAAAUUUUGAAAAAUAAAAAUUGGGGAUUAAAUCCUCCUUUUAAAGGAGCGAAACUUCCUGCCAAACUUCCUAAUAGGAAUAUAUCCCCUCGGCAACAAUAUGGAAUUUACGGAGACAAAAUAAGAAAACCCAAAGACAACCCAUUUGCAUCUGCAGAAGAGCUCUGGGAAUCCCAGAAAAAUUCCAUCAAAAGGCCAAGAGACCGUAGAUUCAUUGAGCGAGUUGAGCACAAGCAGCGAAUGCCUCCCCCUCCUUUUGGACAAUCAAUGGUCGACUACUCAACCCUAGCUUCCACAAUCCCAGAAAUGCAAGAAAAAUCCAAUAAUUAA